AUGUUCUGGGACCCUGCAUUCAACAAUGCCUCAGCCAUAGUCGGCGCACCCCCAGACCAGCUCAAGCUCAUCUUCUCGCUCCUGGUGUCAUACCCCCUCGGAUCGCUCUACAUCCGCCUGCCGUCGUCCAGGCCAUAUGUGGCGCACCUGUUCUCUAUCGUGCUAUCCACAGUAUUCCUGGUCCCACUACUGGGACUUGGAGGGGGCAUGCUCCAUCUGCUGUUCAGCUCGUUGGGUACAUAUGCCAUUGUAAAGUACAUGAAGGGGACCAACAUGCCUUGGGUGGCUUUCUGCUUUGUCAUGGGACAUUUGCUCUUCAAUCACCUCAAGCGCUCUUACCUCGGUCUAUCUUCAAGUAGCAUCGAGAUCUCUGGAUCCCAAAUGGUGCUUGUCAUGAAAUUGUCUACGUUUGCAUGGAACGUGCACGACGGGAGGAGCAAGGACGAGGAUCUGGAUACGAGUCAGAGAGAGACCAAACUCACAGAUCUGCCCGGGCUGAUACCCUUCCUGGGAUACUGCUUCUUCUUCCCUUCCAUUCUUGUCGGCCCCUCAUUUGAUUACGCCACAUACGACGCUCUUGUGCACCAUCGACUGUACAAGAUAGCACCUCCAGGGACUUCUCCGGAACAAGCUGCGGCUGUCAAGACACGUAUCCCCUAUGGCCGCAAACGAGUCGCAUAUCUUCAUCUCGUCAUUGGUCUUUCCUUCCUCGGCCUCUAUGCCACUUAUGGCGGCAAAUUCAGCUAUGAGCAAAUCCUGCGCAAAGAGUUCUUGGGGUACAAGGUACUACAGAAGUUCGGCUUUGUUCAGCUCUGCGGAUUGUUUGCCAGGACCAAAUACUAUGCCGUCUGGAGUUUGUCCGAGGGGGCUUGUGUCCUGACAGGACUCGGGUUCAACGGGUAUGAUCCAAAGACGGGCAGGACGUUGUGGAACCGGGUCAGGAAUAUCAACAUCAAGGGCAUCGAGACGGCAGAGAGCUGGAAAGUCUUGUUUGACAGCUGGAACUGCCGGACUAAUGUCUGGUUGAGAGAUUCUGUUUAUAAGAGGCUCACCAAGAAGGGGCAAAAAGGUGGCACCAAGGAGAGUAUGGCGACUUUUUUGACUUCUGCCUUCUGGCACGGAAUUGACCCUGGCUACUAUUUGGCAUUCUUCAUGGGUGGUGUCUUUCAAUCACUAGGUCGCCAGUCGCGACGCUUUAUCCGUCCAUACUUUAUGCCUGUCGAGGGUUCCACUAUCGCCCCUGCCAAGAGAUUAUACGACGUCGCCGGCUGGUUGUUUGUACAAGCCAACCUCAACUAUCUCGUCGCUCCUUUCCUGCUUCUCGAUUUCAAGGAUUCGGUCGGCGCCUGGGGCCGAAUGUACUGGUACGGCCACAUAGCCGCUUUCAGUACACUCGCCUUCAUGUCUCUUGGUGGCAGGCGCGCACUCAAGAAUGGUCUUCGAUCACGAAAACCUGCCGUCCCGCCCCCUUCGCUCAGAGUGUCGCCUCCCUCACCUCCCCUUCUUGCACCCGAAAUCCCGCCACCUGCGCCCGAGGACGAAAAAGACAGUCGAGAUCUUCGAUGGGUCAAGCACGCGCUCGAUAACCCCGAGUAUCAGGAUGACGGCGAAGGUGUGGGGAUGGGAGUGGCCAUUCCCGACCAUGGGUUUAUUGAUAGAUGGAUAGAAGGAGCAGAGACUCCUGCGACUGGGAUGAGUCGGGUUAGUACGCCAAAGAACGAGGCUGGUGAUCCCCUAGUCGAAAGGAAGUGA